AUGAACAGCUUCCUUCAAAGCCACCGCAUCGUGGAUCUCAGCCAUACACUGGAACCCAACAUCCCUUGCUGGCCCGGUGAUCCGGUUACGGAAUUCGAGACCGUGGCCGAACUGGAAAGGGAUGGGUUCUUCCUGCGACGCUUUUCCAUGGGAGAGCACACGGGGACUCACCUAAACGUUGCGGCGGGUUUCCACGCCAAAGGCGCAACCAUUGACCAGUACCCGCCUUCCGCCUUUGUCGCCCCGGCUGUAGUGAUAGACGUGAGAGACGAGGCGGGGUCUAACCCGGAUUACAUGCUGCGGGUGGACAGACUUCUGGAGUGGGAGCGUCAGAAUGGGCCCGUGCCGCCGCGGAGUCUGGCCUUGCUCUAUACGGGCUGGCAGGAAAAGUGGGACGACCAGGAGGCUUACUUUGGCGCAGGUGAGGAUGGGGAAAUGCAUUUCCCGGGCUUUGACGCUCAGUCAUUGGGAGUACUGCUGACCCAGCGAGGCGUGGCCGGAAUUGGUAUUGACACUCACGGGGUGGAUGGAGGCCUGGACACAACCUUUUCAGCCAACCGCCGGGUGCUGGAACAACCCAGAAUCGUUUUGGAAAACCUCUGCAACCUGGACCAGUUGCCUCCCGUCGGCGCAACCUUGGUCAUUGGGGCGCUGCGCCUUCAGGGAGGCAGUGGGUCACCUGUAUCCGUAUUGGCAUUCCUGCCAUGA